GACCUGAAGUUGUGCUAAGCGGGUAAAUAAUAGUGUUUGUUUGGCACUGCGUUAGAGAACUAGACUCUUCUGUGUGUGUAUAUCUGCUUAUCUCGCGCUUUAUAUCCCUUUGUUUACGUGCCGCUCCAAAGUAGCAGUAACACAUGGGCCAGAGCAAAGUGCACGACUACCAACACCCGCAGUUCCAAUUCUGAUUCCAAGUAGUUGAGCUUCUUCAGGCGAACAUUCCUUAGAACCCGUAAAAUGGCCCAAAGUGCAUCUGUGACCCAGGCCAUUGGUGGCUACAUUUUCGGCAUUCUGCAGGCCUGCAUUCGAUUUGUUUUCCGACUGAUUUAUGGCCAAAAGGGCGAGAGUGUUCCCCCGAUCACAGAUGCCAUUCUGCUGGAGUCGGCCACAUCGUUGGCGAGGAAAAUUCGCAGCCAGGAGCUAAGCAGCGUUCAGGUCCUGGAGUCCUUUAUUCGACGCAUCAAGGAGGUGAACCCCAUUCUAAAUUGUGUCGUGGAUGAGCGCUACGACCAAGCUCUCAAGGAAGCAGCCGAAGCUGAUGCCCUAGUCAAGUCUGGCCAAUACAGCGCAGAGGAGCUGGCAAAGCAGAAGCCUUUCCUGGGCGUGCCCAUCACCACCAAGGAUUGCAUAUCCGUCAAGGGCAUGCUUCACACAGCUGGACUUUUCGAACGUCGAGAUGUACGAGCUGCGCGGGAUGCGGACGCCAUAGCCUUGAUGCGCAAGGCAGGGGCCAUUCCCAUCGCCCUCACAAAUGUUUCCGAGGUGUGCAUGUGGUGGGAAAGCAACAAUACGGUGCACGGCAGGACAAGAAAUGCCUACGACACGAACCGCAUUGUGGGCGGGUCCAGCGGUGGGGAGGGCUGUAUACAGUCGGCGGCUGCCUCUGCCUGUGGCUUAGGCUCCGACAUCGGCGGCUCCAUUCGCAUGCCAGCCUUUUUCAAUGGCAUCUUUGGCCACAAGCCCAGCAAGCUGGUCGUCUCCAAUGUGGGCCAGUUCCCAGCGCCAUUCAGUGCAGAGCAGAACUCCUUUCUCGGCCUGGGACCCAUGUCACGAUUUGCCGAGGACUUACGACCCAUGCUAAAGAUUAUGGCGGGCGAGAAGGCUGCCCUGCUUAAUCUGGACGAAAUUGUGGACCUAACCAAAAUGAAGUUCUUUUACCAGGAGUCCGAUGGCGGCGGUCGCUUGGUUUCCGCCGUUGAUCCUGACUUGAGAGAGGCCAUGAACCGCGUGGCGCAGCAUUUAAGGGAAAAGUUCGGCAAUCAAAAAGUAGAGCGUAUCCAGCUGCCCCACUUCCGUCAGUCGGCGGCUAUCUGGUUCGCUAAUAUGCGCGACGACAGUGGCCAUGGAUUCGCGUACCAGCUAGGUAACCUGAAUCAUGACAUCAACACGUACCUGGAGCUCUUCAAAUGGUUCUUCGGUGCCUCCAAGCACACGUUCAUUGGCCUGUCAACCGCAAUCAUGGAUAGUGCGCAGUGCAAGCAUGGAUCCCCAAAGUACGAUCACCUGGUGCGCAAGCGAAAUGAGCUGAGGGCAGAGCUGCAAAGCCUGCUGGGCGAUAACGGAGUGCUCAUCUACCCUACGCAUCCCACGGUGGCUCCAUAUCACAAUGAGCCCAUCACACGACCUAUUAACUUUGCCUACACUGGUAUUGUCAAUGUGCUGGGCUUCCCGGCCACCGCUGUGCCGCUGGGCAAACUGGGCAGCGAGGGUCUGCCGCUGGGCGUCCAGAUCAUCGCCAACUUCAACCAGGAUCGUCUUUGUUUGGCCGUUGCCGAGGAAUUGGAGCGUGCCUUUGGUGGAUGGGCCAAGCCCGAAGUUCGGCUCUAGGACAAGUCUCAACUUAUUGCAUACCUGAAAGUAUGCAGCUUAGCUAACUUUUAGAUAGUAGUGGUCAGGUGAACCUCCUGUACUCUCCACCCUAUACUAACUCCCCACCCACCCGAGCAUUCGCCUGGCGAUGAAAGGUAUUCCUUGUGUACUCCAGUGCCUCAUUGUAAUAUCAAUUUUCGAUGUGGAUUUAUCUAUUUUGUAUGUGUUUUUAAACGUAAUCUAAUCAACGAUCCGUGCGGAUCCGUUCCCGUUUUGCAUUUAUAAUAAAUAAUUGCAACCGAA